UAACGUUGAUUUCUCCCGUUCGGUUCAAGCAGCAUUUUUCGUCUUCCGUGAGCCAAACCGCUCACUGGCUCCGGCUAAAACGCAUGAAUUAUCGUCUACGUCUGGCAGCGGGACACACACCGAGACAACUCUCCAGCAUGAGGCGGACUGUGUGGCUGUGAGCUGCCCAGAAAGGAGGCUGCUGGUCGGGAUGGUGCCGCUGUGAGGAGCCGGAGGACAUGCCAGCGGUUGGGGGAAAAGGGAGGAAGUGCCUGGACAACAUGACUGUUUUCAACCAGGAAAAUGUGGAGGAAUUUUACGAAAUUGGAGACGAGCUGGGGAGCGGGCAGUUUGCUGUGGUCAGAAGAUGUCGGCACAGGAUUUCCGGCGUGGAGUACGCCGCCAAAUCCAUCAAGAAGCGGCGCAGCAAGUCGAGCCGGCGCGGCGUGACGAGGGAAGACAUCGAGCGCGAGGUGAGCAUCCUGAAGGAGAUCCAGCACCCCAACAUCAUCACGCUGCACGAGGUCUUUGAGAACAAGGCGGAGGUCAUCCUCAUCCUGGAGCUCGUGGCCGGCGGCGAGCUCUUUGACUUCCUGGCAGAGAAGGAGUCUCUGAGCGAAGAGGAGGCCACUCAGUUCCUGAAGCAGAUCCUGGAGGGAGUCUUCUACCUGCACUCCAAGCAGAUCGCUCACUUUGACCUCAAGCCGGAGAACAUCAUGCUGCUGAGCCGCUCCGUGCCUCACCCGCGCAUCAAGCUCAUCGACUUCGGCCUCGCACACAAGAUCGAUUUUGGCAAUGAUUUUAAAAACAUUUUUGGAACUCCAGAAUUUGUAGCUCCAGAAGUGGUCAACUAUGAACCUCUGGGCCUGGAGGCAGACAUGUGGAGUGUCGGCGUGAUAACGUACAUCCUACUGAGCGGAGCGUCUCCGUUCCUGGGCGACAACAAGCAGGAGACUCUGGCCAACGUGUCGGCCGUCGACUACACGUUUGACGAGGAGUUCUUCAGCAGCACCAGCAUCCUGGCCAAAGACUUCAUCGCACGGCUGCUCAUCAAAGACCCCAAAAAGAGAAUGACGAUCCAGGACAGCCUGCAGCACCCCUGGAUCAAGCCAAAAGACACUCAACAAGCUCUGAGCAGGAAGGAAUCGGCCGUCAACAUGGAGAAGUUCAAGAAGUUUGCAGCUCGAAGAAAAUGGAAACAAUCCGUCCGGCUGAUCUCCUUAUGCAACCGCCUCUCCCGCUCCUUCCUCUCCAGGAGCAACAUGAGCGUUGCUCGCAGCGACGACACGCUGGAUGAGGAAGACUCCUUUGUGAUGAAGGCCAUCAUCCACGCCAUCAACGACGACAACGUUCCUGGUCUGCAGCAUCUUCUGGGCUCCUUGAACAGCUACGACGUCAACCAGCCCAACAAGCAUGGGACCCCUCCCCUCCUGAUUGCAGCCGGCUGUGGAAACAUUCAGAUCAUCGAGGUUCUGAUGAGAAAAGGUGCAGAGAUCAAGACCCACGACAAGAGCGGAGCCAACGCUAUCUACUACGCAGCGAGACACGGACACGUAGAGACCCUCAAAUUCCUCCAUGAAAAGAAGUGUCCUCUGGAUGUCCAAGAUAAGUCUGGGGAGACGGCGCUUCAUGUGGCGGCUCGCUACGGUAACGUGGAUGUGGUGAGCUACCUGUGCAGCAUCCGGGCCAACCCGGACCUGUCAGACCGGGAGCAGGAGACCCCGCUGCAUUGCGCUGCCUGGCACGGAUACUCUCCAGUGGCCCGAGCACUCUGCCAGGCGGGAUGCCACGUGGACGCCAAGAACCGCGAGGGGGAGAGUCCGCUGCUGACGGCGUCUGCUCGGGGCUUCGUGGACAUCGUGGAGUGUCUUGUGGAGCACAGGGCCGAACUGGAGGCCACUGACAAGGACGGCCACACGGCGCUCCACCUGGCCGUGCGCAGGUGUCAGGUGGACGUGGUCCGCUGCCUCAUCAGACACCACUGCCACCUGGACCAGCAGGAUCGCCACGGCAACACGCCGCUGCACAUCGCCUGUAAGGACGGAAACCUGCCCGUCGUCAUAGCGAUCUGCAACGCCAAGGCCAACCUGGACCUGCCCAACAAGUACGGCAGAACGCCGCUCCACCUGGCUGCCAACAACGGGAGCCUGGAGGUCGUCCGCCAUCUCUGCCUGGCUGGAGCCAACAUAGACGCCGUCACCAACGAUGGAAAGACAGCAGAAGAUCUGGCUCACACAGAUCAUCAUGAACUCAUCGUUUCUUUGUUGGGAAAGCUUAAAAAGGACAACCAUAAGCUGAGCUACAUGCAGCAGCUGCGGCCCACGCAGACGGUCCAGCCGCGGAUCAAGCUGAAGCUGUUCGGCCACUCCGGCUCGGGGAAGAGCACGCUGCUGGAGUCUCUGAAGUGUGGCAUCCUGCGCAGCUUCUUCAGGAGGAAGAGGAGCCGCAUGACCAACAGCAGCAGACACCCCAACUCCCCCGUCAGCUCCAAACCUGCAGUGUCGGUGAGUAUCUCCAACCUCUACCCCGGCUGUGAGAACGUGAGCGUUCGGAGUCGCAGCAUGAUGUUUGAGCCGAGUCUGACCAAAGGAGUCCUGGAGGUCUUCUCCCCCGUCACCAACGCUCUGUCCACCGCCGACGACCAGGCCACCAAGGCCAUCGACAUCCAGCACGGCAACAUCAACGGUGUGGGGGAGUUCAGCGUGUGGGAGUUCUCAGGAAACCCCGUCUAUUACUGCACCUACGACUACUUUGCAGCCAACGACGCCACAGCGAUCCACCUGGUGCUGUUCAGCCUGGAGGAGCCCUACGAGACCCAGCUGAGCCACAUCACCUACUGGAUGAACCUGCUCAAGGCCCUCAACCUGCCGCAGGACAACAUCGCCUUCGGGGGGCGGGUCCAGCAGCCUCUCGUGGUCGUCCUCGUGGCGACGCACGCCGACCUCGCUGACGUCCCGCGAGCUUUCUCUGGAGAGUUCAGCUACAACAAGGAGAAAGCUCUUCUAAAGGAAGUCAGGAACAGGUUUGGAGUGGACCUGCAGAUCAGCGACAAACUGUUUGUGAUGGACGCCGGAGCCUCAAACUCUAAAGACGUGAAGCUGCUGAGGAGUCACCUGCAGGAGCUCCGAGCCAACAUCAUCUCUAGCUGCAGCCCCAUGACGCUGCUGUCGGAGCGUCUGCUGACCACGCUGCCGUCCUGGAGGAAGCUGAGCGGUCCCAACCAGCUGACGUCGUGGCAGCAGUUCGUCAGCGACGUCCAGGAGAACAUCAACCCUCUGGUCAGCCAGGAGCACCUCCGCACGCUGGCCCUGCAGCUGCACAGCAUGGGGGAGAUCAACAUCAUGCAGAGUGAGACGGUGCAGGACGUCGUGCUGCUGGAGCCUCGUUGGCUCUGCAGCAACGUCCUCGCCAAGCUGCUCUCCGUGGAGACGCCCAAGGCCAUCCACCACUACCGGGGGCGCUACCGGCUGGAGGAGGUGCAAGCGCUGGCUCCCGAGAGCGACGUGGACGAGCUGCUGCAGAUCCUGGACGCCAUGGACGUGUGCGCCCGCGACGCCACCAACCCGUCCAUGGUGGACGUCCCGGCGCUCAUCAAGACCAACGGCCUGCACCACUCCUGGACCGAGGAGGAGGAAGAGGACUCGCUGCUGUACGGCGGCGUGCGGCUCGUCCCCGCCGAGCACCUCACCCCGUUCCCCUGCGGCCUCUUCCACAAGCUGCAGGUGAACUUGUGUCGCUGGAGCCACCAGCAGAAGCCCGAGGAGGACGGCGGGGACGACUUCGACGGGGACAUCCACCUGUGGACCAACGGCGCCAAGGUGAGCCAGGGCAGCGUGGAGGCCAUGGUCCUGCUGGUCAACCACGGCCAGGGGCUGGAGAUCCAGGUGCGCGGGCACGAAUCGGAGCGGGCCAAGUGCUACACCCUGUUGGACACCAUCUGCAGCAUCACGGAGAACCUGCUGGCGUCCACGCUGCCCGGGCUGCUCACCGCCAAAUACUACCUGAGCCCCCAGCAGCUGCGGGAGCACCACGCGCCCAUCAUGGUCUACCAGCCCAAAGACUUCUUCCGCGCUCAAGUCCAGCGGGAGACGUCGCUCACCAACACGAUGGGCGGCUACCGGGAGAGCUUCAGCAGCAUCCUGUCCUUCGGCUGCGCGGAGGUCUACCAGCAGGGGACGCUGGGGACGGACGUCCACAUAUCGGACGUGCCGCUGUUGGCGCGCAGGAAGCUGUGCCGCAUGCUGGACCCGCCCGACGCUCUGGGGAAGGACUGGUGCCUGCUCGCCAUGAACCUCGGCCUCACGGACUUGGUGGCCAAACACAGCAACGGGACUCCAAACGGCACGCCUGGCCCCGACCCGGACCCCGACCCCAACUCGGACCUGGACCUGGACUCCCGGCAGGCGGCGCUGCUGCAGCCGAGCCCGACGGCGGCGCUGCUGCAGGAGUGGAGCGGGCGGGCGGGCAGCACGGUGGGCGUGCUGAUGGCCAAGCUGAGGGAGCUCGGCCGCAGAGACGCCGCCGACUUCCUGCUCAAAGCGUCGCCCGUUUUCAGGGUCAACAUGGAGGGGCUGGUGGCGGCGGCCAACGGCUACCCGCCCACCUGCAACGGCGGCACGUCGUACAACUCCAUCAGCUCCGUCAUCUCCCGCUGAAACCAACCGGGGCGCUAAAAACGUCGACGUGACUUUUCCCCCCGAAACAACAGGACCGGUGUGAAUGAACCAUUCAGCUGCUUGAUGGCUCCAUGAAGUCGGCGUGUGAACCAGAUGUUGUGUUUGUGCUCUCCACACCUGUACAGCUCACCUUUCCUCCUACUAUGAAUGUUGUGAAAGAGCUGAUUGUCCUGAGCUCCCAAAGAGGAAUCUCUCCUGUGCGUUUAUUCUGUUCUUUAAAUCUUGUCGUGCUGCUUUUUCAAUAUCCCUCCAACUACUUACUGCACACUUACCGCUCGCUAAAAAGACAGAAAACACACAUUUAUCGUUCAAAGCUGUCAUCAUCUCUGUGUGAUUUAAAACAAAAAGGCAGCCUCGCGUUACGACCGUUUUCAUAUCCGAGUGAAAACUUGAGGCCGUUUUUAACUCCCUCCAUCCACCACAGUUACACAUAAUAAUAAUACUAUUUAUCUCCCUCCUUGCUUCUGUUUUACUCAUGUGACAUUCAGGCCGCUCGAGCUUAGUGUUUAAUAAAUUAACAGCAUUUUUCAGAGUGCCUUUGUGGCCUUCUACCUCCCUAAAGAGCACAAAUAGUUAUUAUUAUUAUUAUUAUUAUUACAAAAAAAGAGAAACAGUAGUUCUUUCCAAACAUUUGAAGAACUGUGCCUUGUUGACACUAAUAAGAAAAUCUAUUUGUAAUCAAGUCUUAAAAAGGAAAAGGCCAUCUCACAGGUGAAUGACGAAAGGGAAACAAACGCUCAGCUCAUGUUAACAUUUCGUUUUACCGACACAGAAAACUGAAUCUAGAAAUCAGAUUUCUGCUGUAAAACAUCUCGUUAGUCAUUUGAUGUGACGCUCUGUGUGGAAACAGCAUCUUUCAUC